UCAACAAGAAAUCUUCUGCUCCCUAAUCAUAGAUGAAAUGGCAAUACAACAGAAGGUGAUGUACGACCGUCAAGUUGACAAGGUUUUCGGCCUUGUUGACAUGGGUCCUCAACAGCGAUCGUCGACAACACCUGAAGUGGCGAACAGGUUGUUGUGCUUCGUCCUACGAGGGCUAUCGACUGCUUAUGUCAUACCAGUUGGGUACUUCUUUACCCGUUGCUUGAGAAGCGAGCAACUUCUUUGUAUGACAAAGACUGCUAUAAAGGCAGUCGAAGAGGUGGGCUUCCGUGUGACAAGGAUUGUUACCGACAAUCACCAGUCAAAUGUUGCCCUAUUCAAGGGCCUUUCAGAGGAAGGCACGCUUGUGCAUGUUGUGCCACACCCAUUCAGACAUGCUGAUCCUCUUUUUUUGUCUUUUGAUCCGAAUCACCUGAUCAAGAACCUCAGAAACAAUUUUGUGGAAAGACAGAUGACCGACGGAGAUAAUCUCAUUCAAGGUGGCUUCUAUUUAAAGAAGCUACUCGGCAUUCAGUCACAGCUGCUCGUAAAGCCAGUGAGGUUUCUAACACAGUCACACGUUGAGCCGAACAACCUCGAGAAGAUGAAGGUGUCGAGGGCUACGCAAGUGUUCUCUCCUGUCGUGAUAGCGACGCUUGAGUUCCUACAAGAAAACCCGCAAUGUCACCCCGAUGCGACAGAAUUUCAAGACUGUUUGCCCACCAUCACCUUCAUGAAAAUGGUGUCGAAAUGGUACGAUCUUCACAAUAUUGGCACUGUGAAGCCACACGGUCAAGGUGAAGAACUCUUCUACUUUAGCGACGACGACCGCCUUUCGUGGCUAGAAGUAGACUUCAUCACGUACAUCGAAGAGAUCCAGCAUUCUGGCGGCAACACAAAAAAGAAAAUGACCAAAGAAACGUACGAAGCAACACUAAUGACUACAAGGUCAACUGUAGCGUUGAUACAACACCUCUUAGACAACAAGUAAGUUCUUUUUUGCGUAAAUCCACGUUCACAUUUUGUAUCGUCGUUACGCAUAUGUAUACUGACUAAGUAUCGAACAAAUUCCUUUUCAGCUUUCGCUACGUCUUGACCCGGGCUUUGAACAGCGACCCUGUGGAGUCUCUCUUCAGUUGCUUUCGGCAGUUUAAUGGAGGCAAUGACAAAGUCGACGCCAGAACCGCCGUCUUCACAGCCGAAAAGCUUCUAAAGGUUGGAAUUCUCCAAGCUGCUAAGAGCGGAAAUGCUCCUCAUAGCUCAGAAACGAAUGCACCUCUCAAGCCGAAAGCCAGAGACGGCGACACCACCGCUAUGCCACUUGCGGUUGUGCUUGGUGCUAA